AUGCUUAUAUAUAAAGCAAUCAAGAAGCGCCGCGAAGAAAACCAGCCUAGUUCUGAGCCAGCCGUUCAUUCAGAGAAACACAAUGAGAAGAAGUUGUGUUCACAUCGUCUAGGAAGCCAAAGCCAAACUUCAACCUCACCAUUAUUAUCAAACACAUCAAAGCAGACUUACAUUCACCCGGAAGCCGGGCCUCUUGAACCCCAGCAGGCAGAAGCCUCCCUCGAGUUAGCCGAUUUAAACCAGCGAUCUCAAAUACAGGCGUCAGGGCCAUGUGAGUUGUGUAAAAAGGAGAAACAUAACGCCCGUGUUUACCGAUGGAAGUUGAUUGCGGGCUUAUUGCUCCCAUACUUCCUAGCAUCCGUGGACUUGACCAUUGUCGCUGCUGCAUUGCCUUUUAUUGCAUCUCACUUUAACAAGUUGGAUCAACUCAACUGGAUUGUAACGGCCUUUACCCUUACUUCAACGGCGUUCAUUCCUGCCUUUGGCCAACUAUCCGAUGUCUUUGGCCGCCAUUUCGUUCUACAACUAGCAAUGUUUCUUAUGCUCAUCGGCAGCGUUUUAUGCGCUGUUGCCCCAUCGUGGGGUGUCCUCUUGCUAGGUAGGGCAUUGCAAGGAACAAGCGCAUCGGGUAUCACAAAUUUGAUUCAGAUAAUACUGGCCGAUAAAGUCAGCCUGAAAGACAACGCAAAGAACAGUACCAUCUUCCAGUUCGUUGCUGGAAUUUCCUACAGUGUGGGGCCUAUUAUCGGUGGUGAGUUCCUCAGCCCAGUUUCAGGGGACUUCUUACCUGGCCUGGCUACUAUUGAUAUCGGCGGCACUUUUCUAUUUGUCUUUGGCGUUGGCCUGAUUAUUCUUGGUACUGCUUGGGGUGGUGUUACAUACCCAUGGACCCAUGCGGCCGUCCUUACUCCACUGGUUAUCGGGUCGAUUCUUUUUGUUUUCUUCUUUGUCUAUGAGUACCUACUUGAACCCGAACGUGUAUUUGGCCGUCUACUUCCUCAACAGACACCUAUGAUACCCUCGGACAUCAUCAAGAAUAGGGAUACUAUUGUCUUGGCCAUUAUCGAAUUUGCAACUGGUGCUGAAUCUCUACCAUAUCUGAUACUAAUAUUUCAAACCCCUAAAGCCAUGUUUUCUGUUUUCUAUUUCAUCUCGAUCUACUUCACCCUUGUUGAGGGUUACGAAGCUGGGCGCUCUGGCCUCCAGUUACUCUACUAUAUCCCGGGUAUUGGAUUUGGCGCUUACUUUGCCAUGUUCACCUGCAAUGUCUGGCCGGCACAAACAUUCGUUCCCCUAAGUGUGGGCACUGUAAUCGAAACAGUUGGAAUCGCCCUCCUGACCUGGGCAACCACAACUCGAAACAUUCCUGUCGUUAGCGGAAUGAUGGCUGUUGCUGGCGCUGGAACAGGAAUGCGAUUUAUGCCGGCCACACUACAUGUGGCUGGAAUCUGGCCCGAUAGGAUUGCCCCUGCCAUGUCCAUCAUGAGGUUCAGCCUGCCUUUUGGCGGAACACUUGCGUUGACCAUUAUGGGCAGUGUGUUUAACAACAAGAUGGCCGAGAUCUUCCGACCUGGCAGUGGUAAGGGAGGCCUGGACCUACAUAAUACGGGUCAAAGCCUGGAGGCAAUUGACAAAUUGCCCCCGGAUAUCCAAAACUAUGUGCGCAACCUGGCGAAGAAUGCUGUGAUGUGGGCAUUUAUUUCAAUUAUUCCUAUUAUGGCAAUCAGUCUAGUGGCCGUAUUCUUCCUUGGAAAUGUCUGGAUCAAGUCUAAAAAGGCCAAGGAGGAGGCUGAGAGGAAAGCCGCAGAGGAUGGUAAGAUUGGGGAGGCUAUUGUUAGCAGCGAGGUUAUCCAGGUCCCCUUCCUGUGGGCUCUUAUUACGGGCACCGUUGAAGUCAACAAGUAUAUCAGCACUCCCCUUUCAAAGGCGGAGAAAGAGAAACAAGCAUAUGCUGUGCUCGAGGAGAAAAACAAACUUCGAGCCCUCAAGAAGGACAAAACAGUUAAUGCAGAGGUCUAG